CUCGUGCAGUUGGAUCCAUCUGCAUGGAAGAUGUGAUCUCUCAUGAGCACAAUCGCACUUUCGCUCGUCGCAUCAUCACCGCUCCCGACCUGGCGAAGUGGCCGGGAAUAACCUUAGACGGCGCCGGUCGCUCGGAGGAUGGACAGGUCUUCAUCGGUCCCACGGAGGCGGAAGCUCAAUCGUUUAAAUUGAAGCGGUUGGCCUUCUUCGACUCUCGGGAUCCAUCUCGUGGCCGCAGUUUCUUUGCUUCGUCCGCCGAUGGCAAGCUUCUGGCAGCAUCGUUCGAGGGCAACGACAUCCUUGUCUGGCGAUUAUCCGACGGUCUACUGGUCCAACGUCUACACCAUCAGGGUCAUACAGACGAAGUUUCUUCCCUCUCAUUCUCUCCCAUCGAUUACACUCUUGUCUCAGGGUCGAAGGACAAGGCUGCAAUUGUCUGGAAUAUUCAAGAUGGUCGAGUACUUCUACGUCUGGAAGGGCACAACGGACCGAUAACUAUGGUCGCAUAUGCUCCUAAUGGCGCACUCAUUGCCACUCAUUCCGUCGAAGACGAAUCCGUGAAGGUUUGGAAUGCAGCGACUGGAGAGUGCCUGCAUACUUUCAGCUUUGACGAAGAAAUAUCCGAGUUUGCCAUCUCCGCGGAUAACUCACGUCUUUGCGCUAAGAAAGAGGAUUCUUGCCUCAUCUAUGACCUACACACCUGUACACACAUUGCUAUGUUACGGCAUCAUGUGGGUGAGAACUUUCGCUGGUCAAUUUCGCACCAAAAAGAUCGUAUAGUCACCACCGUUAAUCCGAAGCCAAGUGAAAUAAAGAUUUGGAGUAUGGUGACUGGCGAAGACCUUCUCACAAUCAAUCCCCCAAAAGACCUCUCGUCUAGUGUGGCAUUUUCCCCGGACGGCACCGAGAUAUUGACGACUUGUAAAGACGGCACCGCUACCACAUAUGACUCACGGACGGGUCAGCCACGCCGCGCCUACAACUUACCAGCCGAGGCAAAUUGUGUAGCGUAUUCUCCAAAUGGAGACUACCUUGCUUUCCGUCCCAUGUUCAGACCUCUUCAAGUUUACGAUACGAAAUCUGCAGCAUUUCUCGCAGAGCUCAAGGUUAGCGAAGGAGAAGGGUAUGCCGUCGAGGAUCUUCAAUUUCUUUCUGACAACCAAACUCUUCUAACAAAAUUCGAUCGUGGACCUCUACUUCUGUACAACGUUCAGGAUGUAUUGCGACUGCAGUAAUGCAGUAUUUGCGCAGUAAUGCUUGGCUCGCUUAGUAAAGACAUGUACUGUAGGAAAACUAUAUGAUGCAAAAUCAACGAGGUCAGCCGACGUACUGCAAUUAAAAAGCCUGGUUCACCAACGACGAUCCCACUCGAAUCAUUGAGAUAUCGAUCUGUUGCGUCGCAUGCAGCUUGCGAAGACGGCUUGAGCGUGAACGACGCGACAGCGACGUGACGCUUAUUUAUAAAGGGCGCCAAAGGUGGAAGCGGCAGCGGUGAGAGCGACGGGAGGAGAGCAGUUGUGUCGGGACGAGGCGACGACAAUACGGGACAUGGCGAUGUACUGAGCGAACUCGGCACUGUAACGAGCUGCUGUUCAGCAGAACAUCGCCGUGCACUCACGAGAUGAUUGAAGAUGACG